AUGAUGCGGCGAUCAGCCGAAUCGACGAAUUGGAUAAGUGCCGACUCGAAUUUCGCCAAUCUUCACUGGAAAAUGCGCGUAAUGCGUUGGCGCAGACAACGAGAGCAAUGGCAGCCGCUUAUUCGCCUCGAGUGCACACAUCCCGAUGAGUGCGUCGAAUGGGAGUGCGAGACGGACGUCUCGCUGAAAAUCCGAUGCGCGUUGCCGGAUGGUAGCGGCCGUUUCGACGGACUCCGCUGGGCGAUGCCGAUUUUCAGGCGCUCGCGACGCGUCGAAGAGCUCUCGUGCAAUUUGCCCGCCGACAAGUGCGCUCAACUGUUCAGAAUUGGCGGCUCGAUUCAAGUGUCCGUCGAAAUUCGAAUUCACUCGAUCAAAGGUGUCGCGCUGUCGAGGGACCCUUUAAAGGACGCCGACAUUGGCGACGUCGUGCUGGUCGUCGGUGGAAACAAAUUGGUCUCGAAUCGAACUUUGCUCGCGAUUCACUCGCCCGUAUUUCGGGAAAUGCUCACCAAUUGCGAGAGCGACGCCGAAAUUGUGAUCGACGACGUCGGAUGCGACGAGUUCGCCGAAAUUCACAAUGUCAUUCUGCCGAAUUCGGCGCCAAUUACCGAUCAAAAUUUGAGGUGUGUUCAGCGACUCGCCGAGCGAUUCAAUAUGAUUCAUGCGAAAUCGAAAAUCAAGCAGUUCCUCAACAAUAACUAA